AGACUAAUAGUCUAUGUAAAAACAACUGUUUUGUGUUUGACUAAGCCAUUAACACACAAACUACACGAUAGUAUGGCACGUUUUAUAUUUGUUUUUAUCGCGUUAAGUGCUAUUUUGCUGAAAGGGUACUGCCUAGCAGCCGACUGCGAUGAUUCGGAUGAGGAAUCGGAGAGCACCACUCAGUCUCCACAAAAAUGUGGAGAUAAUGAGGUACUAGAUAAAUGUCCAGUGGAUUGUCCCUCCGACAAUUGUCCGAAAAGCAGAUACGAUGACCAAUCCAGAUGUCCCAAACCCAAGAAGUGUCUGCCGCCAGCUUGUAAAUGCGGCUUCAACUCAAAAAGAGCUGCGAACGGAACUUGCAUUUCCACAAGGGAUUGUCCCCCAUUCAAGUGUAAUGGUAUACACGAAGAGUAUAACCCUUGCCCUGCAUAUUGUCCCGGUGAGGACUGCUCUCAAGCCACGCCCGACGGCAAAUGUCAUAUCAUUGGACGCAUUGGUAUUGUAGUUGAAUGUAAACCAGCUUGUCGAUGCAAGAAGAAUUACUGGAGAUUAAAUGGUAUUUGCGUGCCGUAUGAUUGGUGUCCAAAUAUCAAAAAUACUACUCUUACCCCCUCGAAACCAACAACAAAAACAAAGAAACCAAGACCCACCACAACGACCCCACAAGUAAAGUGUGGUGCCAACGAAGUAUUGGAUAACUGUCCUACAGAUUGUCCCAUUGACUAUUGUCCAAAGAAUAGAUAUAUUAAUCAGACGCCAUGCCGUAAACCCAAAAGAUGUCCUCCACCGAGAUGCAAAUGCCGUCCCAACUUCCGAAGAGCUAGCAAUGGUAGCUGCAUACCAACUAGAAACUGUCCUGCUUUUGAAUGUAAUAGAGAAAAUGAAGAAUAUAAUUCAUGUCCACCAUAUUGUCCCGGCGAAAAUUGUCGUGAUGCGACUCCAGACGGCAAAUGUCACGCAAAGGGGAAAAUUCUAAUUCCGGUCAAUUGUAAACCUGCUUGUAGAUGCAAAAAGAAUUUCUGGAGGCUAAAUGGGAAUUGUGUGCCUUAUAAUGAAUGUCCAAAUGUCGCCACUACUGAAAACCCACCUGAAACAACAGAAAUUACAAUAGAACCAACUGAAAAACCUACAACAGUUGGACCAAAAUUGACUUGUGGUGACGAUGAAAUUGCGGUGGAUUGUCCUGACAACUGCUCUUAUGAUUAUUGCCUCAAAAAUAGAAAUGAUGGAAAGUUACCAUGUACUCAAAGCGACAGAUGCCCUGCACCCGCUUGUAAAUGCAGAUUUAACUAUCGACGAGCUGAUAACGGAUCUUGUAUACCUGCAAGAGAAUGCCCUCCUUUCCCUUGUGAUGGUCCUAACGAAGAAUACAAUUCUUGUCCUCCGAUUUGUCCUGGGGAAGACUGUUCCCAAGCAACUCCCGACGGAAAAUGUCCUAUUUUCGGAGUGAUUGGCAUUGUGAUUGAAUGUAAACCGGCAUGUCGGUGCAGGAAAAAUUAUUGGAGACUUGAUGGAAAGUGUGUACCAUACAAUCAAUGUCCUAACCGGAAUGAUACGACAGUGACGACUGAAGAACCCUCGACAGAAAAACCUAAACUUAAAUGUGGUCCUUCUGAGAUUAUAGACGAUUGUCCAGUGGAUUGCCCGAUAAACAACUGUCCAAAAAGUGAGGACGCAAGCUUCAAACCCUGUCCCCGGCCAAAGAAAUGCCCUCCUCCUGCUUGUAGAUGUGAAUUAGGCACCCAUAGACUUGACAAUGGAUCCUGCGUACCGAUACAGGAUUGUCCUCCAUUUGAAUGUCCACGCCCAAAUGAGGAGUAUCGUGCGUGCUACCCCGUAUCUCCCGGUGAAAGCUGUUCGGAAGCCGUACCAGAUGAAUACAUUGAACCCACCAAGAAACUCACCUUGAAGUGCAAGCCAGCCUGCAGGUGUAAGGAGAAUUACUGGCGAUUAAACGGAGUCUGCGUCCCGUAUGAGAAAUGCAGAAAAUCGCGUUGUCCAGAGCAUGAAACCGAAGUGCUAUGUAAAAGCGCCUGUUCCGAAAAUGAGUGUCCAAGGCGAGAAGGCUCGUCAUCAUUUGCAUGUCCUGCAGUCUGCCUCGGGCCGGGAUGUGCUUGCGAGCGUAACUACAGUCGCGCUAGCAACGGCACCUGCAUACCUACCAUAGAGUGUCCGCCAUUCGACUGCAGUGCGCGUCCGAAUGAGAUGUACGUAGCCUGUCCAUCUUGUGUCAGCGAUAGUUGUGAAGAUAUCGGCAAAACACGUGAUUCCUGCUCAAGAUGGGCAUUGAUCGAGCCUUGUACGCCGGCAUGCCGGUGUGCCACAGGAUUCAAUAGAAACGAUGAUGGAGUUUGUGUACCUACUGCACAGUGUCCUGGUAUAUGUCCAAAAAAUGAAAAAUACACAGACUGCGCUCAAAGAUUAUGUCGACCUCAAAACUGCAGUGAUGUUGCCGACGACCAGUUGAGCUUUAUUUGCGAACCUGAUAAAACUGAUGGAUGCGAUGUAGGGUGUGUUUGUAUAGAUGGGUUCCUGCGGGCAGAUAAUGGUAAAUGCGUAGCCGAAGAAGAGUGCCCAAGCACAAAUCCAGUUAAAUGUUCUGACCCCAAUGAGGAGUACACGGAUUCUAAACAAACGUGUCCAGGGGACACUUGUUCGGCGCUAACGUCUAAGAUUAGAUGUGAGGAUGAAGCGGUCAAGCCCGGCUGCGUCUGUAAAUCAGGGUUUAGAAGACAGACAGUUGAUGGACCAUGUGUGCUACUUUGCGAGUGCAAAGAAAUGACUUAUGCUCCAGCGUGCCAAGGGAAAUUAGAUUAAAAUGUUAUGUAAAUCUUAAAAUCAUUACGCAAAAUAUUAUGCACAAGAAAUUCUGGUGCAUAACAUGAUUCACGAUGUCCAUACUACACAACAAUCAAGAAUAUUGCAACACGCGCUCAGUGGGCGUGUUAAGAUAUUGCGGUUUUAACGGAAAGUUACUUGGACCGGUUUUAGUAACUUUUGCAACGCAGCUUUAUAUGAUUUGCUCUAUGUGUAGCAAAAUUAUUGUUGCCCAGAUACCUGUAUAAUACAUGGUUUUACGUUUAUUUAUUUGUGAAAAAACUGGUCAAAACUAAACUCUUGUAGAAUCGAAAAUCACGGGCUCUCCUAAAAACGACUUAUUUAUUAUUGAACUAAAACACCCAUUCAAGCUGUAGCGAAUGUACUUAGACAUUAGUAAAAUUUUUGUUGUUUUAGUUGAAAUUAUAUAAUAUAGGUAAAUAUUCGAUCAACAAUACCGUGAUUGAACAUGUAAAUAUUAGCUACGUCAUUUAUGUAAAAAAAUACACAUAUGUACAAUAUACGCGUUUGACAUAAGUUGUAGAUAUAUAUGUGAUUUUAAAUUUAUUAAAUAAUUUGAUUGGAA